AGUUGACUGAAAGGAUCGCAAAUGGGCCUAGACUUAAAAUUCCAAAAGUAAUCGAUUCUAGUAUCGAAUCUAUGACAGAGUCAGAGGAUGAUGACUGUCCAGGUCCAUCUCAACAGAAGAGGAAGCUGGAGGAAGAACAACAUCUUAAUAAAGAAAAGACUAUCACAGCAAAGAAAAGUAAAGAUGCUGCCUUGAAAAAUAUCAUGGCUAAAAAGAUUAACGAGAGGAGCAACUCCUCGUCAUUUGCCUCAAGUAUGAGUACAAGUAAGACUACAAAAACGGCUGUAGUAAAAAAGACGAACACAACGACCACCACUCCUGUCAUCCCUUCCAAUUCUUCCAAUUCUUCCUGUGCAAACUGUAAGAUUCAGUCUUCAAAACUAAAAAAACUGACUGAAAAAAACGAAUCCCUCGAGGAAGAGGUGGCCCGUCUAUCUGAAUUAAACAGGAGGCUCCAAGUUGAGGUCUUGGACAAGUUUAAUACAGUGACUGGAAUAAGCACAGCUACGACUGGAAGAACUUCCCAGACGGGCCAGACCCCAGGCAUUUCAGCUGCAGAUGAUCCAGCUAGGAAAGAUUCAGAAGUCAAAUAUAUGGCUCAAGACGGACAGGUUUCCUUGGGGGAAGGAAUAAAAAUCCCGAAGGAAAAGUUCGAUACAAUUGCUAGUGAGACUCGCAAUUCUUUAGUCGUCAAGAACAUGGCCGUCGCCAUAUGGGGGACAGAGACUUUGAGGAAUCGAUCAGUCACUGGAAAGGCAAGCAAUCGGUUCAAGGAAAGGCAGCCUCUUCCAGCUCUAGAACCUGCAAAGGUCAAGGCUCUGAAAGAUUUCUUCGAAUAUCAUCUGGGGAAGCAGCCCCUUCAACCUGCAGAAAAACACAAAGAAAUGAAGGAAUUCUCAAGGUACCUAAGGGAAAAAAUUCAAGACCUGAAACCGAAAAAAUUGGCUCCGACGGUUGCUGAAGAUCAGUAAUAUUCUUUUUCCCCCUCUAACUUGAAAUACCCCCACCCAUCUAACACCCUGUUCAUUUAAUUGACAUGACAUAUUAGAACCCAUUUUUAUAU